AUGUCAUUUACACCACCCAUUCAAUCACACACACCAAAGCUGUCAUCUGGUCUCAGAACCUCUAGUUCUGGCUUGUUGAUGGAAAAGAGAAGACAAGAACAAGAGUAUGUUAAAAUCUAA